GCAAGUGAUACAAGAGCCUUUCCAAGUAAUUCUCAUCUUCCAACCCUUUGACCCAUUUGGUUCCCUUUUUUGCUAAAUAAUUUUAUUUCAACCACUUGAUCUGGGUAACUUUGAUCAGGUAGUUCCGGUUGUUGUUUUGACCCGGCUGCAUUUCUUCCCAAUACCCAACCAACCCAUUUUCCCACCUCUCAUUAUCACUGUUAUAAUAUAUAGGUUUUACCUUGAAUGCAUAUUCAUUAGCUUCUGCCUCUGGACUACUAGCUAGUAAGGUUCUAAAUUAAUAUGUUGGAUUAAAACAUUGCGAAGGGAGUUUUAUCUGUACUACUUAUAUACUAUUUAAUGCUUAUAUCAUUAAACAAUAUUUAUAAUAUUUAAUGUCCCAUAUCAUUUGAUGUUUUUAAAUUUUUUGUAUUAUUAAUAUUAAUGUAUUAAUUUUAAAAUUGCUGUUAAAAAAAAAGAGAAGAAAACAAAGGUUGGUUAGUUGGACUUGCUUGUUGAUUUGGUUUUAAUGCAUUUAACUACUUUUAAUGAUCAGUCUCUUACAAGUUACAACUCUACCAAAAGUCCAAAACCUGGCCAAUUUAAAAUAUAAAAAAAAGGAAAAAAAAAAAGGAAAGGAAAAGGAAGCUGCAACUAAAGUUAAAGGUAGGUUCAUACGAAGUGGAAGGAAUUUUCUGGGAAGUUAUUCAAAAGAAAAAUCGAUGGAACGGUAAAAGGUUCAAGGUGAUAUAUAUGAAGACGUUGGUCCAUUGUUAUCUAUAUACACAUAAUAAAACACGAUUCGGGUCUUGUUAAAAAGUGUACGCACUCAGUCACAUUUCGGGAGCGCGCCUACAACUUUUGCCAGAUUUCAUAUAUAUGGAGUUAAAAACUGGUCCUGGUUCAAAUCUCGAACAAUCAAAAAACCAUUCCAGUCUAGAAUAUCCAAGCGGUUCCUCAAUCGGGAAAGAGAAGUUCUUCAUCAGUACACCUUCGCUGGUUUCAAGAAACCUCCAAAAUGAACUGCCGGCGGAACCUAACGAGUCUGACACCAUGAUUAAUGGAUCCAAGACGAGAGUAGAAAACAUUGUGGUAUGUCAUGAAGAGGUGAAUGAUAAGAUGCAAAAAGCAUUGAAGUCCUUAAAUUUCCGUUAUGAGUGCAAUCUUAUCCAGUUUUGGGCACCUUGUAGCGAUGGAAAGUACGUGUUACUAAAAACUGUAGAUCAACCUUUUCACCUUGGAAAACCCGAUGAUGGACUCUGUAGUUACAGGAGGGAAUCAGAGCGUAACUGGUUUCUAGUGGAUGAGAAGUGUGAUGAAAAAGAGCUUAAUCCCGUGGCACGAGUAUUUAGGAGACAAUUGCCAGAGGGGACUUCUGAUGUGAUGAAUCACCAUUUGAAAAAAUAUCCACUACACGAUUGUGCCAUUCGUUUCAAUCUUCAUGGAUAUCUGGUUUUGCCAGUGUUUGAUUCUGAUACUAUGUUAUGUGUUGGAGUGCUUGAAUUCAUCACAUAUCUGAAACAUCUCGACUGUGCUUAUGAGGUUCAAGAAGUUCAUCGAACCCUCAAGGCAGUGAACCUGACAUCGCCACAAGCAUUUGAUUGCCCUACAUCUUAUUUUAACUACAAAAACCGACAGCAUGAGCUAGAUGAUUGCAUCAGUUCUCAACUUUACCACAAGAACUUCAUUAGCAUAACUAACUCACAGAAAACGUCUGCGAAUGAUGUUAGUAGCAAGAAAAUUGAUAUGUCUGCGGAAGAAGAAAUGUUUACUUCUGGAAGGAGAAAACGUAAAACUGAUUCUGUUGGUUCAGUGCACAUCCAAAACGAUAUUGAGAAGUCGAUAAGUGAAGCUUCAUCUGGAUCCGUGUCAAGAGAUAUACUGAAUUUUACAGAUUCCGUGACUGUACAUGAAUUUAAUGCUGAAAGUACUGAUUUUUGCAACAGCGUCCCCAAGAACUGGACAUCCGUUAUGACUAAGAGUGAGAAAAUAUUUGUGGAUGAUGCUACAAGCAAGAAAAUUGAUUUUGUCUCUGGAGAAGAAGCCUUAACGAAACAUAAAUUAAAACCUAAAUUGGAUAAUAUUAUUGCAGAGGCAGAGCAUAAACAGAAAUAUUCCGGAAAGCCAAUAGAUGAGGUUUCCAGGAGCAGUGCUAUUAUUAACACACAUGAAAUGGCUGUGGCCGAUGUCAUAGCCGAGAAAACUGAUGUAGCUACUGUAGGAAAUAGGUAUGAUUCUGAAAGAAAAGGAGUGCUUACUAAACGUAGGAGAAAGCGCAAAAUGGAUUCUGUUUCACCACAGAUGAUUCAGCAAUAUUUUGGACAACCAAUAGGGGAAGCGUCCACGAGACUUGGCGUUAGUCGAUCUACACUGAAGCGUGUUUGCCGUGAGCUAAAUAUACCACGUUGGCCAUUCCCGCAGCGCAACAACUGUUUCCAUCUUAGUCUAUCUGUUGUUAUUCGCCUGCUGAUUAGAGUUAAGAGGUGGAGCUGUUCAAUUAGUAAUCACGGCUUUUCUGCCAAGUGGUGGAUUUGUGGAAAGCAUAAUGCUUUUGCUUUUAAAUCAAAUCAAUCGUAUGAUUCUCAAAAAGGAGAGACGAUUUGUGACAGCAUAGACACUGUGAUUCCGUUUUCCAAGCCUCGUCAAGCAUGCUUCGGUAUAUAUGAAGCAGCGUGCUUGUUGUUGGGCUUAAAGCACUGGAGAAAGAGGACUAUAGGAAAGCGUCCAAGACUGUGCAGUGACGGCGGGAUUUCAGAAAUUAGUAUUUUAAAUGCAUUUCCAAACAAGAAUGUUGUUAACGUCUCAGAUACAACUAAGGUGACAGUGAAGGCAACAUAUAAAGACGAUAUGGUAAAGUUUGAUUUCUAUCUUUCAUCGGGGCUUUGGGAAUUAAAAAAACAAGUGGCUCAAAGGAUUAAGCUUCAAGAAACAAGAUUUCAUCUAAAAUACAAGGAUGAAGACGAUGAUCUAAUACUCAUUGCUUGUGAUGAUGACCUCUGCAGCCUUGUGCCAUUUUCGGCUACUUCAGCUAGUAAUAAGAAUACUAUGAAACUAAUAGUCGAGAUGGCUAAUGGUUAGUUUAAAUGAGGGGGCGCAGACUUCAAAUGUUCAUUCUAUUUUGUUAGUGUCAACAUGCUAUAGAGAUAUGUAAUUAUGGUAUAUGCUUAGAGGUGACAGGUUGUAAUUAGUAGAUUGUUAGAUGUAGUUAGUUUUA